CCUGCCCCUCGCAGCACAUGACCCGCCAUGGAGGGGCGCUGGCGCUGCCCAGAGGUUUGGAGCCGGGGGAGCGAGCGGAGGCUGCCGCCGAGGGGGCGGCACAGGCGGGCGGCGGACAGCGGCUGGAGAUGAGCGCUGAAGCGGAGGGGCCGUCGCGGGCGGAUGGUGCCGGCGCGGACAGCACGAGGUGACGCCGCCUCAGGAGAGUGUGAGCUGCUGCUGGCAGCUACAGGAUGAAGUCGCCUCCCUGCUGCAUGUCUCUUUCUUCCCAAGCAUCCCUGGACGAACCAGGGAGUAGCAUGUCCCUGGGUUCGCUGAACUCCAGUGUUUUCUCCAGUGAGGAAGAGCAGGGGCCCCUGCUCCAGAAGGUCAUUCCCCCCUUGGACUGCUUUACUAUCAAUGUAGGAGGCAGCCGCUUUGUGAUGUCCCAGCAAACUUUGUCUUGCUACCCUGACACCCGCCUUGGCAAACUGGCUGUAGUGGUCUCUGCUGCCCGGGAUGUGGCCUCUGGCCUCCUUGAGCUUUGCGAUGAUGCCAACCUUGUGGAGAAUGAAUAUUUCUUUGAUCGGAGCUCACAGGCAUUUCACUACAUCCUGAAUUACUACCAGACAGGGAGGCUGCAUGUCAUGGAGCAGCUUUGUGCACUCUCCUUCCUGCAAGAGAUCCAGUACUGGGGUUUGGAUGAGCUCAGCAUUGAUUCCUGCUGCAGAGAUCGGUACUUCAGGAGAAAGGAGCUGAGUGAAGCCUUAGACAUCAAGAAAGAUGCAGAAGAACUGGAUGCCCAAGAUGAAGAAGAGGACUUUUCUGGUACCCUCUGUCCCAAUGUCAGACAGAAACUUUGGGAAGUUUUGGAAAAGCCUGGCUCCUCUGCAGCAGCCAGGACUUUUGGCACUUUGUCCAUGGUUUUUGUUGUUGUGUCCAUUGCCAACAUGGCUUUGAUUUCGGUAGAGCUAAGCUGGCUGGCACCACCACUACUGGAUGCCCUCGAGUACCUGUGCAUUGCGUGGUUCACAGUGGAGUUUGUUCUGAGGUUCCUGUGUGCACGAGAUCGGUGUCGCUUCCUGAGGAGUGUGGCAAACAUUAUAGACCUCCUUGCUAUUUUGCCAUUCUACAUCACCCUGCUGGUAGAGAGCCUGUGUGGUGGUGAGAGCUCCCAAGAACUGGAGAACGUGGGACGUAUUGUCCAAGUGCUGAGACUGCUCAGAGCCCUGCGGAUGUUGAAGCUGGGAAGGCAUUCGACAGGUUUGCGCUCUCUUGGGAUGACUAUCGCUCAGUGCUAUGAGGAGGUUGGCCUUCUGCUGCUUUUCCUCUCUGUAGGAAUCUCUAUAUUUUCCACUGUGGAGUACUUUGUUGAGCAAGGUGUGCCGGGCACCACUUUCACAAGCGUACCUGGUGCUUGGUGGUGGGCAACAACUUCCAUGACAACAGUUGGUUAUGGUGACAUUAGACCAGACACUACCAUUGGUAAGGUAGUAGCCUUUAUGUGUAUUCUAUCAGGAAUACUGGUUUUGGCUUUGCCAAUAGCUAUAAUAAAUGACCGUUUUUCUGCCUGUUAUUUUACACUGAAGAUAAAAGAAGCUGCUCUUCGGCAGCGCGAGGCUUUAAAGAAACUCAUGAAGAACUCAUCCAGCGAUUCAAAUAUCAAUGUCAAUUUGCGAGACAUAUAUGCACGCAGUGUCAUGGACAUGUUACGGUUAAAAAGCAGAGAGAGAGCAAGUACAAGGAGCAGUGGUGCAGAUGAUUUUUGGUUUUGAAGUUAUUUAAGCUCGUAUAGCACAUAGACCAAUUCAAAAAUGUAGUAUUAAGUGUCUCCUUUUUUAUUAUUCGCCACAUAGUGUAUUUGCUUUUCUAGGUGGAGUUUUACUUACUUGGAUGUACUGAAAUAACAAUUAUAUACAAAAUGUAGAAUUCAUAACAUGAAAUCUCUCAGUGAGCUCUAAAACCUGCUCUCAGAACUGGACUGUGGUGGGUGAAUUGGGAAAUAAUAGAUCCAUGAAAGUAAAGCAAUGAUGCAAUGAUUUGUCCAUUCUUAUAUCCCUGCUAAUGUAUAGUAAUAAAGUCUUGAUGAAAAUUG